CGACUGGCGAAGUUGAACCCGAUUUUGAGCGCCGGAUUUUCGCGCGCCAUGGUCUUCGAGGAUUUGGAGAUCCCCCAGUUCUCCGAGUUCAAGCCAGUGGUGGUCGACUCUGCUGUGCGAAAGAAUGCUGCGAAGUGGCGGGAGAGGAAUAAGAGGCGUGCCCAGAGCCGCAAGGCUGCAGCGAAUCCGCCCACUUGGGAGGUGCAGCUGGUGCCGCCAGAGGCGGAACCGGCGGCUGACGAGAAGCUGAAGGCGAAAGUGAAGGUCGAUGAGCCGCAGGUCCAGGAGCCGGAGCUCCCGGAAGAGGCAGAGGAGGAGCUUCCGACAAGAGCACGCAGGCAAGGGAAGACGAUGCCCGGUGGCUACUACGUGCGAUCCCUCGAGGAGGUCCACAGGAACACCAUGCGGGCCUACAACGUGCGGCUCACCAAGCCCUACCAGCGGCAGCGUGAGGAGGCGGAGGAGAUCCCUCCGCUGGAGCCAGAGCCAGAGGUGGAGGGCGCGAGCCAGCCCUCGCGCGCCGCGCGGGCGGCGGCACAGCGGCUGCAGGAGAAGGAGCAGGAAGCACAGCAGGCCGAGCAGCAGCGGCGCGUGCAGAUUGCGGAAGAGAAGCGCAAGGAGGCGGAGAAGCGCCUCCAGCGGCGCAUGCUGGAGGCAAAGAUUUGCAAGCUGAGGGAGCAGCAGGAGGCGCAGGAGUGUGCGCAGCAGGAGAUUCAGAGGCAGAAGAAGCAGAGAGAAGAGGAGGCGCGGCAGGCGCGGCAGGCGGAGGAGAAGAAGCGGCAGGCGGCGUUGGACGAGAAGCGAAAGGCGGAAGAAGCCGCCCGCGCUGAGGAGGAGCUGCGGCGCAAGCGCCGGGAGCAGAAGGACCUGCUGCGGGAUGCCCAGCUGCGGGAGGAGCGGAAGCGGCGCCAGGAGG